AAAACCGGAAAUCGCAAUUUUAUAUCCGUAUCUCAGCGAUGAUAAAAAUGAUUUCUGCAUAUUCGAAUGUCCACCGUGCGUUUCUGCAGUCUUGCGUGCUGCAUAGUAUCAUCCCCACCGACCAGGCCCUCAAAGUUUUAACUCACCUGAUUGCCAAGUUCACGCCCAACGAUCCACCACCGACCGAGGAACGUCUCCUGGAAGUCGUCGUCGAAAUUAACGCCCGAAUCGGUCGCUUCGAGCAACGCGUAAUCCGCCUCGAAUACGACCCGACCCUGACGACCUACUUCGUUUUCACCAACCUUUCCGACACUCCGCUGGACCGGCUGCAAACCACCUAUCCGGAAGCGGAGCUAAGCUUCUUCCGGAUGAUUCUUCACGAGCUGGCGCGCACGGAUGGUCAUCGAAUGGGGCAGAUCGACUGUUUGAAUCUGACGACUAAGCUCGAACCCGGCCGGAAUUUGACCAAAAGUCGGGCGGAAGUUCUGAUUCAGGAGUUGCAAUCGGCCGGCUACCUGGCACUGGAGAAGCACGAAGUCGGAUUCGGACCGCGGACGAUGGUCGAGUUCGAUCGGUAUCUGGCGAACAACUUCCCGGAUCAGAUGCAGCACUGUCGGCUGUGCAAGGAGGUUUUGUUCUAUGGCGUGAACUGUACCAAGUGUCCGGAGAUGUUCCACAAGGUAUGUAUGAAGAAGUACCUGCAGAGAUUGAAGAAAUGUCCCGCUUGCAAGCAGAUGUGGACUGCUUCACUGCAGUGAAGCGGUUCCUUUCGAACGAAUGCUGUUUCUUCCAUCGAAGAAACAUUCCGCAAAA